CUAGAUGCCUGUGACCGUCGGCCCAUACGGGCAAUCACAGCCUAGCUGCUUUGACAGAGUAAAGAUGGGCUUCAUGAUGGGCUUUGCAGUGGGCAUGGCAGCAGGAGCGCUGUUUGGCACAUUUUCCUGUCUCAGGAUUGGCAUGAGAGGACGAGAGCUGAUGGGUGGAGUUGGCAAAACAAUGAUGCAAAGUGGUGGGACGUUUGGGACAUUCAUGGCUAUUGGUAUGGGAAUCCGCUGCUAACCUGGAGCUUGGGUUUUAUCCAGGGGUGCCCCCCUCCGUUUCUUCUCUGUACCAUAAUAAAAUCUUUAGAUACCUGGAA